UGAAACAGAAGUCUGUCUCAGGACACACAAAGUUUGCGUUGGCGGUUUGGAGAACUUUUCUGCUUACUACUUCUCUGCAAUAACUUUCCUUUUUCAUCUUCUUAUUGUUUUAUUUUUUUAUUGAACUCUGGGGUCCAUUAGGGCACAGCUUGAGUGUGGAAUGGCUGAACUGGUGCGAAUCCGUAAGAAACGGCUGCAGAUCCCCAUCUCUAGGUUGAGGAGCAUGCUGAAGCAGCUGGAGGAGAAAGAUGUUGAGUUUGAAGAAAUCAAAAAGAAUCUGGAUUUCACAGCGUCGUUACUAGAGGCAGUUUACCUCGACGGAACAAGGCAGUGUCUGGAGUCUGAAGACGAUCUUCAGCAGCUACAGUCGGACGGGGUACCUUCAGAGGUCACCGACUGGCUGGCGUCCACCUUCACCCAGAGAGUUCGACGGCCUGUACGACGCUCAGAUGAGAAGCCCAAGUUCCGCAGCAUUGUCCACGCAGUGCAGGCUGGGAUAUUUGUGGAGAGGAUGUUCAAGAGGGCCUACACGGCGGCCAUGCCAGACCAGCCUGUGGUGGUCGUAAACUGCCUCAGGGAUGUUGAUCGAUGGAGCUUUGACGUGUUUGCUCUGAAUUCAUCCAGCUCUGAUCACGCACUACGAACUCUUUUCUUUGAGCUGAUCACCAGAUAUGAACUCAACAGCCGUUUUAAGAUCCCCAUCUCAUGCCUGACAGAGUUCCUGUCUGCACUGGAGAGAGGAUACUGCAAAUACAACAACCCCUACCACAGCCAUGUUCAUGCUGCUGAUGUGACUCAAACACUGCACUGCCUGCUGCUGCGCUCUGGACUCGUGCACUGGCUGACAGAGCUUGAGGUGAUGGCAUCGCUAUUUGCUGCAGCUAUCCAUGACUACGAACACACGGGAACCACAAACAACUUUCACAUCCACACAAAGUCAGAGUUUGCAUUGAUCUACAACGACCGGUCGGUACAGGAAAGCCAUCACCUGAGUGCAGCAUUUCGGCUGCUGCAGGACGACCAAAUGAACAUCUUCACUAAUUUGACACGAGAGGAAUGGAUGGAGCUGCGAUCACUGGUUAUAGAGAUGGUGUUGUCCACAGACAUGUCGUCCCACCUACUCCAAGUCAAAGCGAUGAAGUCCUGUCUACAACAACAAGAGAGGAUUGACAAGCCCAAAGCACUGUCCCUGUUACUUCACACGGCUGACAUAAGCCAUCCAUCCAAGCCCUGGGCACUGCACUCUCGCUGGACCAAAGCCCUGAUGGAGGAGUUUUUCAGGCAGGGUGAUAGAGAGGCGGAGCUCGGCCUGCCCUUCUCUCCUCUGUGUGAUCGAAAAAGCACGCUGGUUGCUGAGUCCCAGAUUGGUUUCAUUGACUUCAUUGUGUAUCCCACAUUCUCUCUGCUGACGGACAUGGCGGAAAAGAUUGUUAUUCCCUUGGUGGAGGAGAAUCCAGGUCCACCGGACCCCUGUAACAGACACAGUAAUGUUUGGAAGGAGAGCUCCAGGGGUCUACAGUGGAGUCUCGCUCACAUCACAGCUGAGCUGGUGAGCUUCCGCUCCACGUGGACACGACACACCGAAGACAACAAGCUCAAAUGGAAGGAGAGUGGCUCCAAUGGAUUUUCAGACCCCAGACUGACGAAAGAACCGAGGUCCAGGCAAGCGGAGGUGUCAGAAAAAUCCCUGCAAAACCCCACCACAGAUACAAACCAGUAGGCAGGACUUCACUUGUGAUAUGUGGUUUUUUUCAUAGAAUAUCUAGAGAGGUUAACUGAGGUUAAGGUUGAGUCACUGUUAGUAACAAAACCACAAUACCUUCUUAUAUUAUGGGGGGGGGGGGUGUAAGCUCAUCUUCCCAAGGUAAGAUGCAGUGUAAUCACAGAAAUGUCCUUAUGUCGUAUUUCAAGUGUAGUAUACGAUGCUAAUUUAAAUGCAAAGUGUACAUGCUGGCCAUGUUAUACAGUAUAGUCCAUGUCAUUAAUUUAAUUUGCCACCUAAACACUUGUAAGGAACAUUUUACCUUUUAUAGUUUGAACUAUACACAGAUCAUUUAACC